AUGUCUUCACAACAAUCCGCACAAGCCUUCGCUUCCCAUUUGAUCAAUCAGACAAUCUCAUCGAUAGCUUUAUUGGAAUCACUCUCAAUCAUCAGUUCUUCAGAUGCCUCAGUGAUAAGACAGAGACUACCUCCUCCAACAGGACCGUUCCCGAGUCUGACCCAGAAUCAAGCUCAAAAUCUGUCAACGACGUCACCAACUACUUCUUUCGCUGGUUUGAACAUGAACAAUUCCUCGCCUUCUUCAUGGACCGUGCGACAUGCAAGAGAUGAUUCAAUACAAUCCCAACCUCACCAUCAACAAAUCCAGUCACAACCACAGCUACAACAACCACCAGCCCAUACCAAUCAAGCCCCAACUCUACCGCCUCGAGGUCGGCCUGCUGAGAUCAGAGCAAAAGCGUUGUGGGAUUUUAGCGGUGCCGAAGCAGAUGAUUUACAGUUCAGAAGUGGAGAUACCAUUAUAGUUGAUGAAGAAGUCAACGAUCAAUGGUACAGAGGAAGAGUUCAACCCAAUGGUCAUUCAGUACCACUACCAAGAUCAGGUCUAUUCCCUUCAAAUUACAUCGAGAAAAUUCCACCUAUACCAUAUUACUCUUCCCCUCCACCACCACCACCACAACAGCAACCACAAAUGAUGGUACCAUACCAAGGCUCAGCUCAAGGAUACUAUGAUCAAAAGCCUUCGCAGGGUCAGAUGCAGAUCAUGUCACAUCAACAACAAGUUCAAGGUGGGGCAAUGAUACAGCAACCCCCGCAUAAAGAUAACAAAUUCGGUAAAAUUGGCGGUCAGCUCGGUACAGCCUUCACCACUGGUAUUGGAUUCGGUGCAGGAAGCGCAAUUGCUUCUGAAGCGGUUCAUGCUAUAUUCUAA